AUGAAUUUGUUCCUUACGUUGUUGAUCUCUAUAACUCAAAUCAUUGGCGAACAAUGUUCGUUUUUAAAUCAAUAUUAUACAAAUUUGACAAUAGAUUAUGAUUGUGAAGCAACAAAUGGUAAUGUAAUCGUCAUAGGCAAUUAUUUUUCAAUUCAAACUUUAACAAUGGUUGGAACUUCUACUAUUUACACAACAUUUAAUUUUCAUGUUAUGGGAAACUCAACUUUCAUAAUGAAAGAUAACACAAAUGUAACUGUAGUCCCAAACCUUUUCAUAUUUGGAAAUUCAACAAAUAUUUUUGAAGGCAAUUCGUUAAUUCAAACAUUUGCUUAUUUUGAUAUUUAUAAUAAUGCGACUGUAAUUGCACGAGGAAACUCAAACGUGUCUACUACAAAAAAUUCACUAUUAAUAUUAAGGGAAACUUCAAAAUUAUAUUUAUUAGAAAAUGCAACAGUAUUUUCUGAAAAAGAUAUUGAAUUCUACAAUAAUUCUCAAAUAUUCCUUGUUGGAUACUCCAACACAAUUGCUCAACAUAGACUUAAUGUGUAUGCAAACGCGACAUUAACAAUGAAAGAAAAUUCAAAAUUGGAUGUUGGGGAAAACAUAGAGUUGAGUGGCAAUAGUGUUAAUGAAAUAGGUGGAAACGCAUUUAUAAUUUGUAAGGGUAUUUUAAACGUGAAUGGAAGUGUCUCAUUAACUUUAAAAGAAGACUCGAUAAUUAAUGUUGGGAAAAACACUUUGAUGAAAGAAAACAUCGUAUUUAGCGUAACUGACAAUGCAUUUUUUGUGUCAGAAGAGGGAGUGUUAUUAGGUGACAAAUCUAAAACUGUUAUCAAUGAAAAUUCAAAACUCGUUUUGAAAAAUGGACUUGAUUUAAAUGGAGAUACUUUUUUCUCAAUGUAUGGAAAUUCACAACUUAAUGUUCAAAAUGAAUUUUUAAUAUCCAGAGGCGCAACAUUUGAUAUAAAUGAAAAUGCAAAAUUAAAAACGAUGAUUUUGAGUGUUACAGAAUACGGAAAUUUAAAACACAAGAAUAGCAACAUAACCCCACAAAUCAAUUAUAUUGAAAGUCAAAAUAUGAAUUGUUUUUCUGGAAUAAUAGACGUUCAAAGCCACUUGUAUUUUAACAUAUCAAACAGUUUGAAUUUGAAUGAUUGUGAUAUGAACAUCUAUUUCAGAACGAUAAGAGAUACUCCCCUGUUCUUUACAAAGAUGGUUGAUCUGUUAAGCGGUAGUUAUGGUUUUUCUAAUGUUGAUUUGAUAUAUUCAGAAAUACCGUUUACUGGUUCAACACCAAUAGGCGCUAUCAAGUUAUUAAACGACAAAUUGCUCAGAUUUGGCAAUUCAAAGAAAAUAUUUUGUCAUGUAAAAAAUACAAUUAACAAUUUGAUGGAAUUUGUCGAAUCAUAUUGUCCUUGUGACAGUUCAGAGGAUUGGUAUAUUACUCCAUUAAACAACGUCACGAUACUUUUAAUUCAACCUUCUUCGAUAAAAACAGAAAAGAAUACUUUCAAAAGCGAAGACGAGUUUUCAAAUGAAAGUGUAACAAUUGGAAAUCAACAAAUUUCGUUGUAUAAUACUGAUAACUUUGUUUUGGGAAUUUCAACAAACGACAUUUUAUCUUUACAGAUAACUUCAUUGACAAAAACAGUUCUCUUCAUAUCAGAAACAAAUUUGGCAUUAAAGGGUGUUCAAUUUAAAGCAGCAAUCAACACACAAAACACCACUAAAAUCAUCUAUGGUAGAAGUUGUGUAAAUAUUUAUUAUGACAAAACAACUCAAAGUUGUAUUAAUUGCACUGAUGCAAAUUGUAUUAAAUGUUCAUCCAAUAAAAAUGUGUGUGAACAAUGUGAUUUUCAUUAUUUAUUUAAAGAUGGGAUAUGUGUAGAAAUAUCAAAUUGUUUGUUGAUAAAAUCAAAUAGAUGUCUUAAAUGUAUGAAUGGAUUUUAUAUUAGAAAUGGAGUUUGUGAACCCAUUGAAAAGUGUAUUGUUUACGAUAGAGAUGGUAAAUGUGGUAUUUGUAAUAUUUUAUCAAAUUGCAUUAAUAGAGAAGGAGAAUGCAUUGAAGUUGAUAAACACUCUAUCUUGUUUGAUAAUUCAAAAAUUCUUUCUUGUCAACGUGGAUAUUUUUUAGACGGUGAUAAAUGUAUACUUUGUGAAGAAAAAUACGAGAAAAGUGAAUUUUGUGAACUUAAUAGAAUAACAAAAUGCAAUUCAAUUUCUUUAAUAAACUUGUUGGGUAGUUGCGAAACAAAUAACUGUAACAAUCCAAAUGAUGAGAAUGGAAAAUGUUUGUUGGCAAUAUCGAAUUGUACUUUUCAAACAAACACCAAAUGUGUUGAAUGUGAAAGUGGGUUUGUGUUAUCUAACCAUACAUGUUAUUCGCAAGUUGAUGAUAACUGUGUUCAAAACAACAAGAUGGGUUGCCAAAGAUGUAUUGAUUUAUUAUACUUUGACAAACAAACAGAAAGUUGUGAACAUUGUGAUGAUAAUUGUCGGACUUGUUUAUUAAAUUCAACGUUUUGUUUGAGCUGCCCAGAAGGUACUUUUCUUUCUAAUCACAAAUGUGUAACUAACGAAGAUUUAAAUGGAAUUUGCACACAGUUUGUACAAUCUGGCGGAUGUGUGAAAUGUAUUGAUGGAUAUUAUCGAGAAGGAUUAAAUUGUUUCAAGUGUAAUGAAAAGUGUUCAACUUGUUUGAACAAGGACACUUGUCUGACUUGUAAUUUAACAAAUUAUAAGACAAAUAACGGUGAAUGUAAACCACAAAGUUCCAUUAAUGGGUGUAGUGUUGAAGUGACACAAAAUGGGUGUUCCAAAUGUCAAAGUGGAUAUUUUAUUAAAAACUCGAAUGAAUGUGAAAAGUGUGAUAAUAAUUGUAAAACGUGUGUGCUGAAUAACAAGCAAUGUAUAUCAUGCGAACCAUUUCAAGUUUUAUUAUUAAAUAAUACAUGUGUUGGUCUUUCUCAAGUAUCAAAUUGUCAUGAAAUAACAAAUUCAAAAUGUUCCAAAUGUUCAUUUUGGAAUGUCCCAAGUGGUGAUGGCAUUUCAUGUGAAUCUCAAAUAGUGUGGUGGGUCAUUUUAAUUGCUGUUGUAUUUUUCUGUAUACUAUUAAUAUUAAGCGUGGUAUUUUUAAUUGUUUUUACAAAGAAAAUACUAGGUAAAAUACACACAAAAAGUGUCGAAAAGACCACAACACUCUUCAAAAUGAAUAAUUCAAAUAUAAAAUUUGAAGCACUUCAAAAUGGGAUUUGUGUGUCUUCCAAAGAAAUUUGCUUUAACUAUGAAUCAACAGAAAUUCCAGUCGAACAAGAAAGUCGUGAAAUGUUUUGUGUUGGGAACACAAACAAAAAUGUUAUCAAAAUUCAGUUUACUAUUUCUGUGAAUUCUGAUAAAUUUACAAUAAAAAUUGACCCGGAAGUCGUUUCGUUAAAGAGAGGAUAUGCAUGUGAAUUUUCAAUUUAUUUAACCCCUCAUUGCACUUGUCAAAUUGACAAUUCGCUUCAAAUUGUCUCAAAGAAUUUUAAAAAUGGAGAUGAAAAAUACAACACAAUUUCUUUACACGGAACAACACAACAAUCCACACGAAUUGAUUAUGACGAGUUGGUUGAAGAAAAUAAACUUGGCGAAGGAUCUUUUGGAAUUGUUUACAAAGGCACUUACAGAAAACAUAUCGUCGCAAUCAAAAAGAUGAAAAAUAUCAUGGACGAUAAUGCCAUAGAUGAAUUUAUUAACGAAGUUUCUAUGUUAGACAAAUUCCGCAGUGAGUAUAUCGUCCACUUCUAUGGCGCCGUUUUCAUACCAAAUAAAGUGUGUAUGGUAACCGAGUUUGCUCAAUUUGGGAGCUUACAGGACUUGAUGGAACAUAAAAAGAGUGGCGAAAUUGAUGUAAUACUUCGUGUUAAAAUGAUGUUAGAUGCUUCAAAAGGAAUAUCUUAUUUACAUAACAACGGAAUUUUACACAGAGAUAUCAAACCAGACAAUAUUUUGGUUGUUUCACUUGAUUUAAACAGCAAUGUGAAUGCAAAAUUGACUGAUUUUGGAAGUAGUAGAAAUGUUAAUAUGUUGAUGACUAAUAUGACAUUCACCAAAGGUAUUGGUACACCAAAGUACAUGGCGCCUGAAAUUUUAAAACAACAAAAGUACACAAAAAGUGCCGACAUCUAUUCAUUUGGAAUAACAUUGUACGAAGUGUUUGGAUGGUGUGAAGCUUAUCAACAAAAGAAAUUUAAAUUUCCAUGGAAAAUAGCAGAAUUUGUAAUUAAAGGAAACCAUCUUAAAAUAAUUGAACAGAUUACUGAAGAACAAUACACUCUCAUUGAAAUGUGUUGGCGUUAUGACGAAAACAACAGAAUUUCAUCAUUUCAAAUUGAAGAUUGUCUUGAAAAAAUGAUGCAAUCAUUGAAUUAUACAAAUAAUUAA